GCGACGCAGGGAUGAAGAAGGAUGAUGGGAGAAAUAACUGAGCGAUGGAAAACUGAAGGCAGCCCCCAGGCGGCCGCCCUUGCAGACCGCACCCUCCCUGCACGCUAAGAACCACGCCGGAACCCGUGGGCGGCAGCAGCGGUUUCCCUUCAAGAGCCGGGACUCUUGAGCGAGCACACAGGAAAGGCCGGGCUGCGAGCGGGACCCGCCGUGGUGAGUGCCGCGCUCCCGCGGCGGGGAACCGGAAACGCCCUGAGAGAAGAUGACUGUGUUCUUUAAAACACUUCGGAAUCACUGGAAGAAAACGACAGCUGGGGUCUGCCUGCUGACGUGGGGAGGCCAUUGGCUCUACGGGAAACACUGUGAUAACCUGCUAAGGAGAGCAGCCUGUCAAGAAGCUCAGGUGUUUGGCAAUCAACUCAUUCCUCCCAAUGCACAAGUGAAGAAGGCAACCGUCUUUCUCAACCCCGCUGCUUGCAAAGGCAAAGCCAGGACUCUAUUUGAAAAAAAUGCUGCCCCGAUUUUACACUUAUCUGGCAUGGAUGUGACUGUUGUUAAGACAGACUAUGAGGGCCAAGCCAAGAAACUCCUGGAACUGUUGGAAAACACAGAUGUGAUCAUCGUUGCUGGAGGAGAUGGGACAUUGCAAGAGGUUAUUACUGGAGUUCUUCGAAGAGCGGAUGAGGCAACCUUCAGUAAGAUUCCCAUUGGAUUUAUCCCACUGGGCCAGACCAGUACUUUGAGUCAGACACUCUUUGCCGAAAGUGGAAACAAAGUCCAACAUAUUAUAGAUGCUACACUUGCCAUUGUGAAAGGAGAGACAGUUCCACUGGAUGUCUUACAGAUCAAGGGUGAAAAGGAACAGCCUGUGUUUGCACUGACUGGCCUCCGAUGGGGAUCUUUCCGAGAUGCUGGUGUCACAGUUAGCAGGUACUGGUAUCUCGGGCCUCUAAAAACCAAGGCAGCCCACUUUUUCAGCACUCUUGAGGAGUGGCCUCAGACUCAUCAAGCCUCUAUCUCGUACACGGGACCUGCAGAGAGACCUCCCAGUGGGGCAGAAGAGACCCCUCCACGGCCCUCUUUGUACAGGAGGAUAUUACGAAGGCUCGCGUCCUACUGGGCACAGCCACAGGACGCCCUUUCCCCAGAGGUGAGCUCAGAGGUCUGGAAAGAAGUGCAGCUGUCCACCCUUGAACUGUCCAUCACGACCCGGAACAGUCAGCUUGACCUGACAAGCAAAGAAGACUUUAUGAACAUCUGCAUGGAACCCAACACCAUCAGCAAAGGAGACUUCAUAACGCUAGGAAGCAAGAAGGUGAGGGACCCCAGGCUGCGUGCUGAGGGCACCGAGUGUCUCCCGGCCAGUCGCUGCGCUCUGCUCCUUCCUGAGGGAACAGGGGGCUUUUUCAGCAUCGACAGUGAGGAGUACGAAGCGAUGCCCGUGGAGGUGAAGCUGCUCCCCAGGAAGCUGCGGUUCUUCUGUGACCCGCGGAGGAGGGCAGAGAUGCUGCAGAGCUCGGCCGAGUGAGCGGGUGGGCGACUGCGCUUUAGCCCACCCUGGGACCAAACGGGAGCAGAGCCUCCCACCCCCGUCUCCGCCGCCUUGUCAGAGGAUCCCAAGGACCCGUCCGCGGCAAGUACCCCCUGCCCUUCUCUCUCUGUGCGUUGCAGCUUCGCAGCCAGCUUCCCGGUCGCGCGGGCUUUGACUGGUGCCCCCCGUCGGGCGGGCGCCGAGACAUCCCCACCCUCCGUGGAUGGAAAAGGGCCGGACCUUGUUCUCUCCCCACCGCGGACGGCAGGCUCCUAGGCUGUGUCCUCUCCUGUCUGUGGCCGUCCCGCCUUCCCGCCGCCGCCUUGUCCUGUUUCCAGGCUCCUCCAUGGGUGCUGCUGCUCCAUGAGCUCCGGUUCUCAUUUAGCGGGUUCCAAUUCUCUCCUCGGUCUAAGAAACAUAUGUGGGGUGUCCGUCUUCAGCCGUGGCUGAUACUGUAAAAUAUUAGGGUUCCCCCCCCCCAAAGUCGUGCUUCUGAAGUGUUGGUUUGCAUGAGAACCACCUGGGGCACUUGUCGAAGAUUUACUUAAUUGGGGCUCACCCCAAACCUAGUCACUCAAUCUGAGGAUGGAGCCCCGGUAUCUGCCUUUUUAAAAAGGCAGCCACCCUCCCCGGGUGGUUCUGGUACAGGAAGUCCUGAGGCCGCAAGCGACACACAGUCCUGCCAAGCAGUGGUCCACGCGGUCUUCCGCUCAUCUGCUUCCUCAGAGCGCUUUGAAAAACCUUGUAGCCCCUCCCACGCUAACGUCCCCAAUUUCUCAUGGGAAGUUUGAGUUGCCAAAGUAUAUACUUUCUGGUGUCAUGUAAAUAUUGAUAUUUUAAAAUAAAACUGUUACAUCACUCUUUUAAACAUAUUCAGUAUAAUUGAAAUACAUAGCAAUUUGACAUUCAUCAUCCAUUUACAAAAAAUAAAUUGUUUAGUAGUUGGAAAUAUCCAUUUUCCUCAUAUGCCUAUUUCCUACCGCUUUCAGCAAAGUAUGCUAUCAUGUUUUUAUGCUGGAAAGUUUUUUCACUCAACCUAUUUUCUUGCCAACAAAAGCUAUAAAUUGAAAUGACUUUUUUUAGUUCAAGUGUUAACUCAGUACAGAAUAAAUGUUAUCAAUUAUUGAAAUACAA